AUGAGAGGGCUUAAAGAAGCAGAUAACAAUGGAAGCAAGACAGCUGUUCAUCAUCUUCCCCCAGAAAUCAUAUGGGAGAUCUUAUCAAGGCUUCCCGUCGAGUCUAUAUUCAGAUGCAAACUGGUUUGUAAAAGCUGGUGCAGGUUAAUACUGGAUCCUUAUUUCAAUGAGAUGCAGCUGAUACAAGCAAACGCCAGGCCGAAGCACAUCAUCCUUUAUGAGAAGUAUACCCUUAAAAGUAGCAUAUUUUUGUUAGAUCAAAGAAUGGAUGAGUGGAAGGAUAGGGAGUUUCCAGUGGAGUUCAUGCGACAGUAUACAGAUAACGAAUUCAUCAUUAGCGGUUGUUGCAAUGGCUUGCUCUGCAUCCUUCCACUUUGCUCAUUGGAGACAACCUACAUUUACAACCCAAUUACGAAAUUAUGUGUGUCAUUACCUUUACCGGAUUUAGAUUCAAAUUCAGCUAUCGAUGAUACACUUCCUCCCAAAAUUGGUUUCGGUGUCGAUUCCACUACAAAAAAGUAUAAGGUUCUUCGAGUGCAAUACUUAGGGGAAGACAUAAUUCAGGACACGUAUCAGUUCAGGAGUGAGAUCAUUACUCUCGGUGAAAGUUUAUGGAGAGAAUUGGAAACCCCUACUAAUAUUGGCCAUGGUUGUUGGAUGGAAGAGAUGUUCUUCUUGGAUGGAUCCCUUUAUUGGAUCAGCCAAAUCAGACCCUCCAGUAGCAGAUUUUCUAUCACUGUGUUUGAUAUUGGCCAUGAAAAGUUUCGGACUAUAAAGUUCCCUCCCUCUGUACCAUUACCAAGUUUUCAUAAAAAACUGAAUCUAAUGGAGAUAGAUGGUUCUAUGGCACUGGUUGAAUGUGAAAGGACUACGAUUCGCUUAUGGCGCAUUGUUCGUGAUGGAGUUCACAGUGGCGAUCCUGAGGGAUCACGUGGUCGUCGAGAACUGAGUAAAGGCAUUGUGUUGCCGUCGUCUUGGGAGGAGAUAGAGAACCUCCCAUGUGACGUUCUGGAGACUCGUCUCUUCUCCUACGUCGUGAAGAGCCAUGGAUCAGAAAACACUCCUGUUCCACUUAGAGAUUUUGAUCCCCAUCAUGACAUUGAACAAGUACUUGGCACAGGGUCCUCUCGUGCAUAUGUAACAAGUAGGGAGAAGGAGAAUGUGAAUGCAAAGGGGAAAUCCUUUCAUUUUGGAUGA